CAUGAGAUGGAAACAUUAGUUGCCUCCCAUACACACCCCACUGGGGAUCAAACCUACAAUCUAGGUAUGUAGGUAUGUGCCCUGACCGGGAACGGAACCUGCCACUUUCAGCGUGUUGGACAAUGCUCCAACCAACUGAGCCACCCGCCAGGGCACAAUUUUAAUUUUAAUCAGAGUAAUAUAUGUACCUACUUUUAAAAGGCGGACAGUGCCAAUAGUCUUGUAAUGCUAACAAGCUGUUCCUUCCCCUUUUUUCUUCUGCCUUUUUUGAGCAAAGGAGAGAGGGUAGUGUCAGGCUUGUCUUUGGAAGGACCAAGUGGGUGUGUGUGCACUCAAAUGGAGUGCUGGGCUAGGGGCAUGGAGGAGCCCGGGGGGGCGGUUUCCUGCUCCAGGAUGGCAGAGGCCAAUGGGGUCCCCUGGACUGCUCCUCACCCCAAGACAUGGAGCAGAGGAGACAGGUGAAGCUGGCCAGCUUGUGGUGAGACACUGUCUCUCCUUUGCUCCUAGAGAAUUUUGAUGCCAGCCGGAAGCAGAGACUGAGCUGGACUACUGGAGCCUCGGGUACCGGGGGUGAUGGCACUGCCGGUCUGGGCCCUGACCCUCCUGGGCCUGGUGGGCACAAGUGCAGGCCUGCGGCCCCGGAAGCUAGACUUCUUCCACAGCAAGACGGAGCUGAACCACCUGGUCGUGGAUGAGACGUCGGGGGUGGUGUACCUGGGGGCCGUGAAUGAGCUCUACCAGCUGAGCGCCGACCUGCACCUGGAGCAGCAGGUGACCACUGGCCCGUUUCUGGACAACAAGAAGUGCACGCCGCCCAUCGAGCCCAGCCAGUGCCACGAGGCCGUGCUGACCGAUAACGUCAACCAGCUGCUGCUGCUGGACCUGCAGGGGCAGCGCCUGGUCGAGUGCGGCAGCCUCUUCAAGGGCAUCUGUGCCCUGCGCGCCCUCAGCAACAUCUCCGUGCGCCUUUUCUACGAGGACAGCAGUGGCGAGAAGUCCUUCGUGGCCAGCAAUGACGAGAGUGUGGCCACGGUGGGCCUGGUGAGCAACACCCAGCCCGGGGGCCUGCGUGUGCUGUUCGUGGGUAAAGGCAACGGGCCGUAUGACAACGGAGUCAUCGUGAGCACCCGCCUGCUGGACCAGGCCAAGGGCAGGGAGGCCUUCGAGGCCUACACAGACCACGCCACCUACAAGGCCGGGUACCUGUCCACCAACACCCAGCAGUUCGUGGCCGCCUUUGAGGACAGCCUCUACGUGUUCUUCGUCUUCAACCAGCAAGACAAGCACCCGCCCCAGAACCGCACGCUGCUGGCCCGCAUGUGCAAGCACGACCCCUCCUACUACUCCUACCUGGAGGUGGACCUGCAGUGCCUCGACCCUGGCAACACCCAGACCCCCGCCUUCAGCACCUGCCUGGCAGCCUUCGUAGCCACCUCUGCCAGCGGCAGGGUGCUCUACACCGUCUUCACCAGGGAUGACCAGAAGGGCAGGGGACCCCGUUCAGGCCUCUGCCUCUUCCCGCUGGGCGAGAUCCACACCAGAAUGCAGGACAUCCGCAACGCUUGCUACAUGGGCAACUGGAAGGCCGGCGACGACCCCUUCUAUAAGCCCUUCCAGGGCGAGAUUCAGUGUGGCGGCCACAGUCAGGGUGCCAGCGACAGCUUCCUGUGUGGCUCGGAGCACCUGCCCUACCCGCUGGGCAGCCGAGAUGGACUCAGAGCCGAGGCCGUGCUGCAGCGUGGAGGCCUGAACCUAACGGCUGUGACAGUGACCACUGAGAACAAUCACACCAUUGCCUUCCUGGGCACCUCCGACGGCCAGGUCCUCAAGGUGUACCUGGCCCCCAACGGCAGCUUCGUGGAGUAUGGCUCCAUCCCUGUGGAGAUCAACAAGAGGGUCAAGCAGGACAUGGUGCUGUCUGCAGAUCGGGCCAGUUUGUACGUCAUGACCCAGGACAAGGUAUUCCGGCUUCCCGUGCAGGAGUGUGCAAGCUACCUAAACUGUACCCAGUGCCUCAGCUCCCAGGACCCCUACUGCGGCUGGUGCAUCGUCAAGGGCCGAUGCACCAGGAGGGCCGAGUGUCCACGGGCUGAGGAGAGCGGACACUGGCUCUGGAGCCGUGAGGAGUCCUGUGUGACUGUCACCGAGGCCCAGCCACAGAACAUGAGCCGGCGGGCCCAGGGGGAGGUACAGCUGACGGUCAGCCCCCUGCCGACCCUGGGUUUGGAAGAUGAGCUGCUGUGCCUCUUCGGCGACUCGCCGCCUCACCCUGCUCGUCUGGAGAAUGGGGACGUCAUUGUCUGCAACUCCCCGAGCAGCAUUCCCAGCACACCGUCUGGCCAGGACCACGUGGCUGUGGAGAUCCAGCUCAGAUUCAGACACAGUGACGUCUUCCUCACCUCCUACCAGUAUCCCUUCUAUGACUGCCACGAGGCCAUGACCCUGGUGAAGAACCUGCCGUGCAUCUCCUGUGCCAGCAACCGCUGGACCUGCCAGUGGGUCCUGCGCUACCACGAGUGUCGGGAGGCCUCGCCCAACCCCGAGGACGGCAUUGUGCGCGCUCACAUGGAGGACAGCUGCCCCCAGUUCCUGAACCCCAGCCCACUGGUCAUCCCCAUGAACCACAGGACGGACGUGACCUUCCAAGGCAGGAACCUGGACACAGUGAAGGACACCUCCCUGUUUGUGGGCAGUGACCUGCCCAAGUUUGAGGAGCCGGUGAAGACGCUGGAGCCAGGAACCUUCUUCUUUCAGACCCCAAAGCUGUCCCAUGAUGAGAAUGAGACGCUGCCCCUGCACCUGUAUGUCAAGUCCUACGGCAAGAAUAUUGACAGCAAGCUCCAAGUGACCCUCUACAACUGUUCCUUCGGCCGCAGCGACUGCAGCCUGUGCCUGGCCGCCGACCCCGCCUACAGGUGCGUGUGGUGCAGUGGGCAGAACAGGUGUGUGUACGAGGCCCUGUGCAACAACGCCACCUCCGAGUGCCCGCCGCCCGUCAUCACCAAGAUCCAGCCGGAGACAGGGCCCCUGGGCGGGGGCAUUCGCAUCACGAUCCUCGGGUCAAAUUUGGGAGUCCGAGCGGAUGACGUGAAGAGGAUCACGGUGGCUGGCCAGAACUGUGCCUUUGAGCCAGAACAGUACUCCGUGUCUACCCGGAUCGUGUGUGCCAUCGAGGCCACAGAGGCGCCCCUCACGGGGGGUGUCGAGGUGGACAUCAAUGGGAAACUGGGCCACUCUCCACCCCACGUCCAGUUCACCUACCAGGAGCCCCAGCCCCUCAGUGUGGAGCCGAAGCAGGGGCCACAGGCAGGCGGCACCACACUGACCAUCAACGGCAUCCACCUGGACACGGGCUCUAAGGAAGACGUGCGGGUGACCAUCAAUGACGUCCCUUGUAAUGUGACGCAGUUUGGGGCACAGCUCCAGUGUGUCACCGGCUCCCAGGCCAUUCUGGGAGAGCUGCCCUUGGAGAUCUACUACGGGGGCUCCCGCGUGCCCAGCCCUGGAAUCACCUUCACCUACUCCGAGAACCCCGUGCUGCGGGCCUUCGAGCCCCUGCGGAGCUUUGCCAGUGGCGGCCGGAGCAUCAGCGUGAUGGGACAAGGCUUCAGCCUGAUCCAGAACUUCUCCAUGGUGGUCAUAGCGGAGCCCCUGCAGUCCUGGCGGCGCCGGCGGCGGGACACUGGGCCCCUGUAUUCCAGAACGGUUGUGGGCACGGAGUACACGCGCUACAAUGACUCCAGGGUCGUGUUCUUGUCCCCGGCCGUCCCCGAGGAGCCCGAGGCCUACAACCUCACGGCACUCAUCCAGAUGGACGGGCAUCGCGCCCUGCUCAGGACCGAGGCUGGGGCCUUCGAGUACGUGGCUGAUCCCACCUUCAAGAACUUCACAGGGGGCGUCAAGAAGCAGGUCAACAAACUCAUCCACGCCCAGGGCACCAACCUGAACAAGGCGAUGACGCUCCAUGAGGCCGAAGCGUUCGUGGGAGCCGAGCGCUGCAUCAUGAAAACACUGACCGAGACCGACCUGUACUGUGAACCCCCGGAGGUGCAGCCCCCACCCAAGCGGCGGCAGAAGCGAGACACGACACUCAACCUGCCAGAGUUCAUUGUCAAGUUCGGCUCCCGGGAGUGGGUGCUGGGCCGCGUGGAGUACGACAGCCGCGUGAGUGAGGUGCCGCUCAGCCUCAUCCUGCCGCUGGUCAUAGUGCCCAUGGUAUUCAUCAUCGCUGUGUCUGUCUACUGCUACUGGAGGAAGAGCCAGCAGGCUGAGCGGGAGUAUGAGAAGAUCAAGUCCCAGCUGGAGGGCCUGGAGGAGAGCGUGCGGGACCGCUGCAAGAAGGAGUUCACAGACCUGAUGAUCGAGAUGGAGGACCAUACCAGCGACGUGCAUGAGGCCGGCAUCCCCGUGUUGGACUACAAGACUUACACCGACCGCGUCUUCUUCCUGCCCUCCAAGGACGGCGACAAGGACGUGAUGAUCACGGGCAAGCUGGACAUUCCCGAGUCGCGGCGGCCCGUGGUGGAGCAGGCUCUCUACCAGUUCUCCAACCUGCUCAACAGCAAGUCCUUCCUCAUCAACUUCAUCCACACCCUGGAGAACCAGCGGGAGUUCUCAGCGCGAGCCAAGGUCUACUUUGCAUCGCUGCUGACGGUGGCCCUGCACGGGAAGCUGGAGUACUACACUGACAUCAUGCACACCCUCUUCCUGGAACUCAUGGAGCAGUACGUGGUGGCCAAGAACCCCAAGCUGAUGCUGCGCAGGUCUGAGACGGUGGUGGAGCGAAUGCUGUCCAAUUGGAUGUCUAUCUGUCUGUACCAGUACCUCAAGGACAGUGCCGGCGAGCCUCUGUACAAGCUCUUCAAGGCCAUCAAGCACCAGGUGGAGAAGGGCCCGGUGGACGCCGUGCUGAAGAAGGCCAAGUACACCCUGAAUGACACGGGGCUGCUGGGGGACGACGUGGAGUACGCACCCUUGACGGUGAGCGUGAUCGUCCAGGACGAAGGGAUUGACGCCAUCCCUGUCAAGGUCCUCAACUGCGACACCAUCUCCCAGGUCAAGGAGAAGAUCAUUGACCAGGUGUACCGCACGCAGCCUUGCUCCCGCUGGCCCAAGGUGGACAGUGUGGUCCUCGAAUGGCGCCCUGGGUCCACAGCCCAGAUCCUCUCUGACCUGGACCUGACGUCCCAGCGGGAGGGCCGGUGGAGACGCAUCAACACCCUCAUGCACUACAACGUCCGGGAUGGAGCCACGCUCAUUCUAUCCAAGGUGGGGGUCUCCCAGCAGCCCGAGGACAGCCAGCAGGACCUGCCUGGGGAGCGCCACGCCCUCCUGGAGGAUGAGAACCGAGUGUGGCACCUGGUGCGGCCGACGGAUGAGGUGGAGGAGGGCAAGUCCAAGCGUGGCAGCAUGAAGGAGAAGGAGCGCACCAAGGCCAUCACCGAGAUCUACCUGACCCGCCUGCUCUCGGUCAAGGGCACACUGCAGCAGUUCGUGGACAACUUCUUCCAGAGCGUGCUGGCGCCCGUCCACGCAGUGCCGCCUGCGGUCAAGUACUUCUUCGACUUCCUGGAUGAGCAGGCGGAGAAGCAUGACAUCAAGGACGAGGACACCAUCCACAUCUGGAAGACCAACAGUUUACCACUCCGGUUCUGGGUGAACAUCCUGAAGAACCCCCACUUCAUCUUCGACGUGCACGUCCACGAGGUGGUGGAUGCCUCGCUGUCCGUCAUCGCGCAGACCUUCAUGGACGCCUGCACGCGCACGGAGCACAAGCUGAGCCGUGACUCUCCAAGCAACAAACUGCUCUACGCCAAGGAGAUCUCUACCUACAAGAAGAUGGUGGAGGAUUACUACAAGGGGAUCAGACAGAUGGUGCAAGUCAGUGACCAGGACAUGAACACACACUUGGCAGAGAUUUCCCGGGCACACACGGACUCCCUGAACACCCUUGUGGCCCUGCACCAGCUGUACCAGUACACACAGAAGUACUACGAUGAGAUCAUCAACGCCCUCGAGGAGGACCCUGCUGCCCAGAAGAUGCAGCUGGCCUUCCGCCUGCAGCAAAUUGCGGCUGCACUGGAGAACAAGGUCACAGACCUCUGACCUCCGGUCUGGCCACCACAGUCUCGAGGCACAGGUGUGUGAUGCCCGGUGCUGGCAUUGGGCGGCCCCCUUGGGGAACAAGGCCGAGGUGGUGGGCUCAGCCCUUCUCUCUCGCCGGCAGAGGAAGAGCACCCCGGGGUGUGCGAGUGUGGGUGCAGAGGGACCCCACCUCAGUGUUGGUAGCCACGUAGCAUCUUUCUCCCGAGUGACAGUGCCUGGCGCCCUCCAGCACCAGCCCCUCCUGCAGAACCAGCAUCGGGCGUUGUCUCCGCGCGGAGUCCCCUGAGCUAUUCGAAAACGUGCCUUUUGUCCCCGGCGCCACCCCGUGUCGCCAGGGGCAGGCGGGCCUCAGCCCCCGCUUCCUGAGCACCAGCAGCCGCCUCAGAUACCUGGGUUUGGCCUCUUUGGGUGGGGUCUGAGUGCCUGCAGCCCCAGGGCCUCGUGCCCAGACUGUCUGCCCGCCUGGGCGGGAGGAGAAAAGCGGUACGACGCCUUCCUGACCUCACCUGGCCCUCUCUGUGGGCACCAGCACUCUGGGUGGACUCUGCGCUUCAGGCCUCACCUCAGAGGUCAAGCUGGAUGUCAGACGUCAAGGCCCAGGUGGCCAGAGGGGACCAGCAUCCGGGGGGGCCUGGCCUUGGCCUGUCAGACAGGCUGUCCUGGAGGCCCUGCCCAGUCUGGGGGGCCAGAAGGAGCUCGGCUAGGGCACCCCCACCUCUUUUGUAAAUCUUGUUCAUUGUAAAUCAAUACAACUCUCUUUUUCA